UAAGACCAUUGCUUGGUUCCGCCCCGAGAAAACGGACGCCCACAACGAAAGCGGAGGGAAAAGCGAGGGAGGCAGCCUUCUAUUUUCUGUCAAAACAAGGGCGAUACUCCUCCUACUCCAGCGCACACGCAGAUCAGCGUCGAAAUCCGUCGCAUCGUGCCCGCCUCGCUGUCUCCGCUGGGCGCUGGUGGUCAUGGCCCGCAGGGCGCUGGAGCUCGCGGCGGUUCUGCUCGCGCUGGCGGCGCUGGCGGCCGUGGCGGCCGGAGGGGACAUCGUGCACCAGGACGACGAGGCGCCCAAGAUCCCCGGCUGCUCCAACGACUUCGUGCUGGGCUUGGGUUCGAACGACUGACUAACGGGCCGGACGUGGAGGUUGUGUGCAUGAAGGGAUGCAGCGGGUUAAUUUAAGAUAUAUGUAAGGGGUUAUUUGUAAAAAUAUGACGCAAUACGACCGUUGAAACUGGUGCUUUAAGUAUAGUAGAGAUAUAAUGUACUUACGAUAUCAAAUUAGUAUCACUGGGUGCAUUGUGAAACUACAUUUCAUAUUUUACCUCCUUGAUGUUGCAUAUGUUGCUACCGUUAUGUAUAGACUUGGUCAAACUUUGGAUUGUUUCACUUAGGACAAACUUAGAUCUGCACACUCCUCAAAGACUUAAGGCAAGUUUGGCAAGCCAAAAAACAGUGUGCCUAUUGUCAUGACUAAGGGGAUCUUGAUAGAUUUUUUGGAUCUCCCCAAGAACCCUAACCACUAGAUCAAUACCAAAAACAGAUCAUACCUUCAAUCCGAUUGCUAUCACGUUCGUCGGUGAAGGUCUGCACUAGGGCAGCGACGGCCGAGGAAACGUAGACGGAAGUGAACCUUGUACUGAGCCGUCAACCCCCACCCCUCUAUUUAUAGACUGCGCAACAGGGGCCCACCAACCUCGUCUUGGGCUGGACACCCCCCGAUCAAGGUGCGAGGUCAAGGGCCCAGUUAGCCGUUGGGCCAACUGAUGGAGAUCAAUUCUAACAGAUCUUGUCACUCUUUCUUACUCUGUGACACAUAGAUCCUAAUAUAAAGUUGCCUAGGCUUAAUUGCCAACCAAACACUUGCCAACUUAAUCAAACUUGCCUAAGGUGAAAUGUGGCUAGCAACCAAACACCCUCUUUGAUCCAUUGUCAUUUCUUUUUCUUUUCUUUUUUUGUUCUAGCCCCAUAGCUGCUAUGAUUGCUUCAUGUAAUGCACUGCUAUCUGUAUCAGAAGGAUACAGAUGCGUUUUUUUAGAAAACAUGAUAAACAGAUACACUUUAUUAUUCUAAAUAAAUAAAAGACAUCCAGUGUUAGAGGCUCCCACAUUAGUGGGGUCUGGGGAAGGGAUAAACUGAGGCAAUUCUUCUCGCAAAUAUGGAGAGGCUACUUCGAACCCGGGCAAGCCUUCCCCACAAAUACAGCGAAGCUGCUAUGAACCCGCAACCUGGUGACUAAGUGAGACAACUUUCACCAUUCACCAGGCCUGUCCUUAUUUAAAAAAAUAGUACUGCAAAUUUAAAUUAUGAAAGUCAAAUUUGGAGAGGCCAUCUAUUCGAUGCACUUGUGCCAGCGCUACUCAUAUUUGGAGAGGCCAUCUACUCGAUGCAAGCAAUCAAGCAUGGAAAACACUAAUCAUGAAGGUUGAAGGAGAUGUGGGGGAUACACAAAAUCAAGCAACGAGAACUGCAGAAGUAGAUGGAUCAUGUAUGGAAAGAAGAUAUGCUUGCUUUGCUGCUGAAUCAUCCUCUUCCCAGCACGUCACACCUGCAUCGUGGGAGCUUGCUGCAGCCAUGGCGAACUGGUGGGUGCUCCCCAGCGCGGUGCUCCCGGCACAAUGGUCUGGAGGAGGAGGAGAAGUCGAUUGAUGGCACGGAGGGGAAGGGGGCUCGUCUAUGGAGGCCAGUGAGAGGUGGCACACCUCUUGUGCGGUGUGCGUGUGCGCGGCAGGCGGCACGAAGGGGUGGGGGCUCGUCGCUGGCAGGCGGUGGGCGGCGAGUGGUGACACAUCUCUAGAGCGGGAGGCAGCUCAUGUGUGCACAGGAGGCAGGCACCGUGCAACCAUGCGAGGUGUUGGGAGAUAAGGGAGCACUUGUUGGGCUGGGUCAUAUUUCAGAGGCUGAUAGGUAUCUGGUCAUAUACUCGAUAUUUUCUAAAUUAAACAAAAAUUGGAUACUCACUGGACACAUAUCCAAGCCGUAUCGGUGGCAUAUCCACAUCGGAUAUGCGAUACAUCACCUUUCUGAUGUAUCCGUGGUACAGAGUAAUGCAGUAUGCAGGACAACUUUUCUUGUAGCAAUAUAAUUUGUUUUCAUGGCUAGAUGUUUGUCUUAAUGCUCCAUCUGGUUCAGUAUUUCCACAUCUGCGGGCCAUUAUGUCUACCUAGCUAAUGUGGUUCUCAGGGUUCAUUAUAUUUUCCUGACUUAAGGUGGUUGGUACUUUGUUGAUGACUAAGUAUCAGCUAGCCACAAGUCAUGCACGCUAUACUUGAAGUUCAGUUGGUAUUGUUACUUUGAAAGUUUGAGACUUUGAGUAUCUAAAAAUACUGGUGAAUAUUUGGAUUCUUUAGCACACUUAUACACUUAUCUUAUUCUCUACAAUCACAUGUUGCCUCUGUUCUGCUGUCAGGUAAAAGUGCAGACCUGGAUCAACAAAAAAGAUAAAGAUGAGUUUGUUGGUGUUGGUGCUCGAUUUGGCCCCAAGAUAGAGUCAAAGGAAAAGCAUGCCAACUGGACAAACUUGCUGUUAGCAGACCCUUCUGAUUGCUGCACCCCUCCAAGAGAGAAGGUUGCUGGAGAUAUUUUGUUAGUGGAGAGGGGAAACUGUAAGUUCACUACAAAAGCUAAGGUGGCUGAAUCUGCUGGUGCUUCUGCGAUUAUAAUUAUCAAUGAUAAGCACGAGUUAUACAAGAUGGUAUGUGAGACCAAUGAAACAAAUUUAGAUAUUGGCAUACAUGCUGUUCUUCUGCCAAAAGAUGCAGGCUCUUCUUUACAAAGGUCUCUCUCUAGUGGUGAAGUCUUAGUGGAGCUGUACUCUCCAGAUCGUCCUCUGGUUGAUACUGCAGAGGUGUUUCUGUGGCUUAUGGCAGUUGGUACCAUUCUUUGUGCAUCAUACUGGUCAGCAUGGAGUGCCCGAGAAGCAGAUAUUGAACAAGAGAAGCUUCUGAAGGAUGGUCGUGAAGUAGCACCAAACUUUGAGCCUGGAGGUUCUAGUGGUAUGGUAGAUAUCAACAUGGUAUCCGCAAUACUGUUUGUGGUGAUUGCAUCAUGCUUCUUGAUAACACUCUACAAGCUGAUGUCCCAUUGGUUUGUGGAGCUUCUGGUGGUUAUCUUUUGCAUAGGUGGUGUGGAGGGUCUGCAAACAUGCUUGGUGGCCUUACUGUCAAUGUCAAGGCGGUUUAAACCUGCUGCAGAAUCGUAUGUGAAAGUGCCAUUUUUUGGAGCUGUUUCAUACCUUACAUUGGCAGUUUGUCCGUUUUGCAUUCUGUUUGCUGUUCUGUGGGGUGUUUAUCGUCGGUUGCCUUAUGCUUGGAUUGGGCAAGAUAUUCUUGGUAUUACCUUGAUCGUUACAGUCAUCCAAAUUGUUAGAAUACCUAACCUUAAGGUGGGUUCAGCCCUCCUGGGUUGUGCCUUCUUAUAUGACAUCUUCUGGGUUUUUAUCUCCAAGAUGUUGUUCCAUGAAAGUGUGAUGAUUGUGGUUGCACGUGGUGACAAGACUGAUGAGGAUGGUGUACCCAUGCUGUUAAAGAUUCCUCGGAUGUUUGAUCCAUGGGGUGGAUACAGCAUCAUAGGCUUUGGUGAUAUCCUUCUUCCUGGGCUGUUGGUUGCUUUUGCAUUAAGGUAUGAUUGGGCUGCCAAGAAGACCUUGCAAUCUGGCUACUUUUUGUGGUCAAUGGUGGCAUAUGGUUCCGGUCUCCUAAUUACAUACGUUGCCUUGAACCUUAUGGAUGGCCAUGGCCAGCCGGCUCUCCUUUACAUCGUGCCUUUCACAAUCGGCACCUUCUUAGCACUGGGCAUGAAGAGAGGCGAGCUCAGAAACCUGUGGACAAAAGGACAGCCCGAGAGAGUGUGCACGCACAUGCACCCAUCCCCCAAGGAUUCGCCUGUUGCGGUCAGCUCGCUGUCGUAGACAAGGCUAACGACCUUACCUGAUGUUGCCUGGCCCCGGAGAAUGUUGCUGAUGACCAAAAAAAGUUUCCAGGGUUAAUGAAGGAGUCUACUGAUUUGUAAUGAACCUUACAUAGGGAUAAGCCAAGAUCCCCUGAUCGUGAUCCUCGUUGUACAGUAGGUGGUGUAUUUGUAUAGUGAGUGAUGACUAUUGAGAUGUGCGGCUGACACUGGAUAAAAAAGGCGCAGGAGCUUGAUGUGGGAGCAGCACUGCAUCUGCAUCAUGUGGCUGGUGUAUGGUUUUGAAUGAUCUCUGCCGCCUCAUUCUUGUUCUUGACAUGGACCUGUUCCUGGUCUUAUGAGGCGCACACGUGGCAAGACGCUGCUGGUUUUGUCGGUGAAGCGAUGUGACGCAGUGUAUAUGUGUGUGUAUUAUCGGCCAUCCGUGACCAGUUAGUUCCUUAAUAUUGUAAUACUA